CUCUCUGUUGGCUGAUUGCUUUGCCCAGAACCGCCAUUUGUGUUAGCGUUUCUUUAAGCGAAAGAAAGGCGUGAAAAAGUUUCAAACGCCUUAGUCGAUCGGUCAUCAAUCUGUGGAAGAAUCAGUGAGCUCCACAGUUUUAAUCUCUUGCAAAUCUUCGUAAACCCUAGCUUAGAGUGACCUAGAUCCUCAGAUCUGAACGAAUUCAAAGAAAACCAGAAAUGUCGGCGCUUUUCAAUUUCAAUUCGUUCUUGACGGUGGUGUUGUUGGUGAUUUGCACAUGCACUUUCUUGAAGAUGCAGUUCCCAACCUUCCUUGAACAGAAAACUGGGUUCCGCGGAUUCUUUUGGAAGGCAGCUAGAAUAGGUGAACGUUUGAGUCCUUGGGUGGCUGCUGGAUGCUUCACGAUGGGAGUCUCAAUCAUAUUCUUCUAAGCUAAGAGGUAUUCAUUUGUACCCUACCCUGGAGGGGAGUAGUGCAACGUGGUACACUUUUAGUCGAUGGUUUCCGGAGCUGCCAAUCAUAUUUGGAUUAUAGGAAUGUCUUGAUUAUGACUUAUUCGAGUAGAGAAAUUUUAUGUGCCUUGCUAAAUGUCAAGUUGCUUUCUUUUUUCCUACCACGAGGUGGAAACAGGAAGUGAUUUAACUUUUGUGCUUGAAAUCAAUGGAAAACCAGUUUCUUGAAA